AUAAUAUCUUCGAACCCCUUUCAAUUCCUACACCUGUGUCCCGGGAAAUAUUCAUCACCCCCACUUAAAUCCCGCCACGUCAUCAAAAUGCAACUCCCGGCUUGUCACGUUAACGUCCUCUCUGCUCUUAUAUAUAAAUCAUAUCACCACUGCCACCCGAAUGUUUCCCUACUGUUUGUUUUUCUUUGACAAAACUGAAAAUUCGAGAAGAGGACGACGGUGACAGGUGUCAGACGGGGAAGGAGAUGGAGGGGGAGAAGCGAAAGUCGGAGUUCAACGAUGCCGUUUUGAAAGAGUCUCAGAAGAGGGCGAGAUGGGAUGACAACGGAGAGGAGGAGACGACGACGGUGACGGACGAGGAGGUGGAGGAAUUCUUCGCGAUCCUCAAGCGUAUGCACGUGGCGGUAAAUUAUUUCAAGAAGGUUAACGGCGACGUGCGGAGCUUGACGGAGCUGGGAAAGGCGGAGUCGCUGAAUUUGGGGCGGAACGCUGAAGUUGACGGUGGUAAAAAGGAGGAGAAUGUGGGCUUGGACUUGAAUGAGGAACCGGGUACAGGUACAGACCCGUUUUAAUUAGUCAUUUCCUUAUGAUAAUGGUUGUUAUGCACGGAUCUACGAUGCAGGGUGGAUCUUAUCUCGGUCCUUCUAAUUUUUAAUGCUAUUUAAUUAUAAAUUUAUGCAGAAAUUAUUGUAUAGCCUUUUUUGCUAUUUUUUACCUUGCUUUUAAACUCAUUUAGUACAUAUUGAUUGCCCUUCCAACU